AAAAUUGAUGACUCAAAUUCUGUCAUUGAGGAGAACGACGAGCUCGUCACCAUUAUGCCUCCGGUGGCGCAUUUCGGUCCAGCUCCUAUUAGUGUACGUCUGCUGAGUCGGCAUCUUCGUGUCGGCCAGACAAUAUUAAUUAAUCAACAACAAUCGGUGGCUAGUGGACCCCAGCUGGGCACACCGAUUGGCUUAGACGCCUUAGCUGAGUUGGCGGGUGAAGAGGAGCAGAGGAAAGUGGCGACCAGUGGCCAUGGCAAAAAGACGACCUACGAAACCAUCAUCAGCAGCAAUAAUAACAAAAGCAAUAUGAGUCAGGCAGGUCUAAGUAGUUUUAAUCAAAUUCCAUCCGAGCCGGAUGCAGAUGUAGUGGAAGUUAUCUCGGUUCGAUCUGGUCUUGAUAAUCAGCUCUGCCCGUUGCCAGGUGCCGCCGGCAACGCAGCACCGGGCAAAUUCUCCAAGCAAUCAUCGACUGGUGCUUCUCAAAAUAAUUUCGACUUGCAUUCUGUAUUCUCUGACAGAGAGACUGUUCCGACAUCCGGGCAUCUGUCUCGCAGGCCUUCCUUGCCGGCGUGGCGACUGCCGUCACCACAACUACAAUAUGAUUCUCCUUCGGGUGGAGAGCAUCAGCCUCUUUCUGACUGUUUGCUCCUCCACAUCCAUGGUGGUGGCUUUAUUGCACUCAACUCUGAGGCCCAUGACGUAACGUUGGACCGUGGAAUUGGUAUAUUCUCAGAAGUUUCGUUGGCAGCGUUAGUGAGUCUUGCCAUUCUCCUACAACUCGUCGAAGAGACAAAUGAAAUCAAUUCCUUCAACUAA